AUGCUGCGUUCAUUUAAUAAUAUUCGUAAAGUUUGUUAUCAUCAUCAUAAACAAUUGACCAGAAAUUAUGCGAAAAUAACGACUCAUUACACAAUUCAUCCUCGUGAUAAAGACGAGCGAUGGAAGGACGUCAAUAUGGAGAGAUAUAUUGAUGAAGUUGAUAUUCUUAUUGUAGGUGGAGGGCCAGCUGGAUUAUCAGCAGCAAUUCGUGCUAAACAGUUAGCAGCUGAAAAGGAACAAGAAAUUCGUGUAUGCCUUGUAGAAAAAGCAAGUGAGAUUGGUGCUCAUAUAUUAUCGGGUGCCUGUUUUGAUCCAAUUGCUCUUAAUGAAUUGAUACCUGAUUGGAAAGAGCAAGGUGCUCCGCUUAAUACUCCAGUGACCAAAGAUAAAUUUGGCUAUUUGACGGAAUCUUCUAGACUCCCGAUUCCAAUUUUCUCUAAAUGGCCUAUGGAUAAUCAUGGAAAUUAUAUUGUCCGUUUAGGGCAUGUUGUUAAAUGGUUAGGAGAGCAAGCUGAAAAUUUAGGGGUUGAAAUUUAUCCAGGAUAUGGAGCUUCAGAAGUUCUUUAUAAUGAGGAUGGAAGUGUUAAAGGCGUUGCUACACAAGAUAAUGGAAUUGCUAAGGAUGGAUCACCAAAAGAUAAUUUUACAAGAGGAAUGGAACUUCAUGCAAAAUGUACAAUUUUUGCUGAGGGAUGUCGUGGUCAUUUGACUAAACAAGUAUCAAAAAAAUAUGGUUUAAAUUCACAAUGUGAACCUGGAAGCUAUGGAAUUGGAAUUAAGGAAGUUUGGGAGAUUCAGCCUGAAAAACAUUCGCCUGGACUUGUUGAGCACACAAUUGGAUGGCCUUUAGACAAAAAUACUUAUGGAGGAUCGUUUCUUUAUCAUUUGAAUGAAUCAACUCCUUUAGUUGCUGUUGGAUUUGUUGUUGGUCUGGAUUAUAGUAAUCCUUAUUUAAGUCCAUUCCAAGAAUUUCAAAGAUUUAAGACACAUCCAAGUGUUAAGCCAGUUUUUGAAGGAGGAACUAGAAUAGCUUAUGGAGCAAGAGCAUUAAAUGAAGGUGGAUAUCAAUCACUUGGAAAAUUAACUUUUCCUGGUGGUUGCUUAACUGGAUGUUCUGCUGGAUUCCUAAAUGUGCCAAAAGUAAAAGGAAGUCAUUAUGCAAUGAAGUCAGGCAUAUUAGCAGCUGAAAGUAUUUUUGAAAAAUUAACAACAUCUUCGGAGAAGACAAUUGAGCCAACAAAAUAUGAGGAACGAGUAAAAGAAUCAUAUAUUUACAAGGAUUUAUAUAAUGUUAGAAAUGUUCGUCCAAGUUUCCAUACAUCAUUAGGACUUUUUGGUGGAGUUAUGUAUAGUGGGUUUUCAAUAUUUCUUAAUGGUAAGGAACCUUGGACUUUUUCUCACGGUGGACCAGAUAAUACUAAAUUAAAGCCAGCUAAGCAAUGUCAACCAAUAGAGUAUCCAAAACCUGAUAAUAAAAUAACAUUCGAUUUACUUUCAUCUGUUGCUUUAACUGGAACUAAUCAUGAAUCGGAUCAGCCCCCACAUUUAACACUAAGAGAUGAUAAAGUACCUGUUCAACAGAAUUUAGCCAUUUAUGCAGGUCCAGAAUCACGCUAUUGUCCUGCAGGCGUUUAUGAAUAUGUCCCAGACGAAGAAGAUAAGACUGGAAAAGCAAUGAGGUUACAGAUUAAUGCACAAAAUUGCAUCCACUGCAAGACUUGUGACAUAAAGGAUAUUACACAAAAUAUUAAUUGGGUCACACCCGAAGGAAACGGUCCUGUUUAUAAUGGCAUGUAA